AUGGCACCUUGGCCGAGGAGGGUGGGAUCGAGAACAAGAAAGAACAAAAUCGACCGCAGGGCGAGAACAGAUUAUCAGGGGAAAUUACCAGAGACAGCGGGCCAGCCCGAGUUUACCACCCGCGCCCAUUGCUUCUUCUGCAGAAGAAGCCUUCGGUGA